CUCCCUCCUCCGCGGGCCGCACCGCCCGGGCCGGCGCCGCGCGCGGGGAAGCUGGCGGGCUGAGGCGCCCCGCUCUCCUCCUCUUCCCCGGGCCGCCCUUCUGCCCCGGGCCCGCGAGGCCGCACGUCGCCGCCCAAGAGAUGAUGCAGGACGUGUCCAGCUCGCCAGUCUCGCCGGCCGACGACAGCCUGAGCAACAGCGAGGAGGAGCCGGACCGGCAGCAGCCCCCGAGCGGCAAGCGCGGGGGGCGCAAGCGGCGCAGCAGCCGGCGCAGCGCGGGGGGCGGCGCGGGGCCCGGCGGGGCCGCGGGCGGGGGCGUCGGAGGCGGCGAGGAGCCUGGCAGCCCGGCCCAAGGCAAGCGUGGCAAGAAGUCUGCGGGCUGCGGCGGCGGCGGCGCGGGCGGCGGCGGCAGCAGCAGCGGCGGCGGGAGUCCGCAGUCCUACGAGGAGCUGCAGACGCAGCGGGUCAUGGCCAACGUGCGGGAGCGCCAGCGCACGCAGUCACUGAACGAGGCGUUCGCCGCGCUGCGGAAGAUCAUCCCCACGCUGCCCUCUGACAAGCUGAGCAAGAUCCAGACCCUCAAGUUGGCGGCCAGGUACAUCGACUUCCUCUACCAGGUCCUACAGAGCGACGAGCUGGACUCCAAGAUGGCAAGCUGCAGCUAUGUGGCCCACGAGCGGCUCAGCUACGCCUUCUCGGUCUGGAGGAUGGAGGGGGCCUGGUCCAUGUCCGCGUCCCACUAGCAGGCGGAGCUCCCCACCCCCUCGGCAGGGCCGGAGACCUAGGUAAGGACCCGGCGCCUCUGCGCCCCGUCGCCGCUCAGGUGGCAGACAGAGUGAAGGCUGGGGUGCGGCUCCCGGUCCACCUGGCCUUCCUCCCCGUCUCCCACUCCCCUUUCACACCCAACCUGGCACCGCCACCUCAUCCCCCCGCGCGUUCCUGGAAGGGAGCUCAGUCCCCGCUAGGGAGAGGAGGAUGCGCCCUGGUGAGGGGUGUGCGCGUGCGUGAGUGUGCGUGACAGGAGGGAAGACUGAAAAAGAUUCGAGGGUCACGGGUAAGGACAGCCUUGCCAGCGCCUCUCUUUCUUUUGGCUUUUAAGUUUUCGUUCUCCUUAAAACAAAUGUUUCCAAAUUCCACCUCCUCCGUCUUUCCGCCCACCCACUUCCUCUUGCCCUUGGGCUGAAAUCCUUCCAGGUUGUUCAGCGCAAUUUCUCCGUGGUGGUGAUAAGAACAGUGCUCACUAGUUUUACAAAACAGCCACAGAGACCUAAACAAUAACCAACUUUCCCCCCCUCUGGGUUUUUGCAGAUGUCAUCCAGAGAAGGAGAAAAUGGACAGUCUAGAGACUCUGGAGCUGGAUAACUAAAAAUAAAUAUAUUUGCCAAACAUUUUCUUGGAAAUUAGAAGAGCAGAACCCAAAUUCAAAGAAACAGGGCGUGGGGCGCACUUUUAAAAGAGAAAGCGAGACAGGCCCGUGGACAGUGAUUUCCAGACGGGCAGCGGCACCAUCCUCACACCUCUACAUUCUGAUAGAAGUUUGAACAGUUGUUUGUGUUCCUCCUCUUUUUUUUUUUUUUGUUUUUUUGUUUUUUUGACGAAGAAUGUUUUUAUUUUUUCAUGCAUGCAUUCUCAAGAGGUCGUGCCAAUCAGCCACUGAAAGGAAAGGCAUCAUUAUGGACUUUCUCCAUUUUAAAAUGGUAACGAUCAGAGGAAUUUUAAGAACACCUUUAGAAAUAAAAAUACUGGAAUCAAACUGACUCACAAAAUCACAGUCAGUUAAUUCCUUUUUUCAUUCUUCCUCUGAGGGAAAAAAAAAACUUAAAAUAACAAAAAACGACAUUCUAUUUAUUUAUUGAUGACCCACGGUAAAAUGCAAAUAGAUCCGGUGUCUAAAUGCAUUCAUAUUUUUAUGAUUGUUUUGUAAAUAUCUUUGUACAUUAUUUUUCUGCAAUAAAUAAAUAUGAUUGAAAAUUGUAAGAACCUUAAA